CGAGAUUGGCGGCAAUAUAUUGGAUGAGGGUGGAUCUGCCGCAGAUGCGGCAAUUGCGACAAUGCUGUGCGAGGGCGUUGUCCUGCCGCACAGCCUGGGCGUGGGCGGUGGCUUUAUGGCCACCAUAUACUCCAAGGAGACGGGCCAUGUGGAAACGUUGAUUGCUCGCGAAACGGCGCCGGCGGCGGCCACCCAAGAUAUGUUUGUUGGCCAAACGAACGUGGCGGGCGCUUUAUCCUGUGCUGUGCCCAGUGAGAUCUUUGGCUAUUGGCGGCUGCAUGAUAAGUACGGCAAGCUGCCCUGGGAGCGUCUCUUUCAGCCCACCAUUGAGAUGUGUAGGCGUGGCAUUCUGGUGUCACGCUAUUUGGCGGGCGUGUUGGCCAACAAUGAGGAUAUCAUACGCAACGAGAUCUCAAUGGCAGAGAUAUUCAUAAAUCCGGCUACCAAUAAUCCCUACAAGGAGGGCGAGAUCAUGUAUCGUCGCGUGCUCGCCGAUACCCUGGAAAUUGUGGCCACCGAGGGGGCGCAGGUCAUCUAUCGCGGCGGUCGCAUUGGCCGCAUGCUCGCCGAGGAUAUACAGGCAAUGGGCGGCAUUGUCACCGAACAAGAUCUGCAGGACUACGAAGUGCGUUGGGAGCAACCGCUGCGCGCUCGCUUCGACAAUGGACAUGAACUGUACACCUCGCCAUUGCCCAGCAGCGGCGCCGUUCUGACAUUUAUUUUAAAUGUCAUGGAACCGAUGUAUACGAGCAGCAGGGACAAGUAUUGGCAUCGUUUGAUUGAGACCUUCAAGCAUGCAUACGGGCAUCGCACCAAUUUGGGCGACAUACAUUAUGAGCCCUCGGUGCAGGAGACAUACGAGAGUCUGAUCGAUCCGGACUUUGCGGCCGAGAUACGCAAGCUCAUCCUGGACGAUCGCACAUUUGAGGAUAUGUCCUAUUAUGGCGCCAAUUUCAGCAAUGUCGAGGAUCAUGGCACGGCGCACAUUUCGGUGCUGGCGCCAAAUGGCGAUGCCAUCUCGGUGACCAGCACAAUCAAUGGUCAUCUGGGCGCCAAGGUGCGCUCCCGCCAGACGGGCUUCAUACUGAACGACGAGAUGGACGAUUUCUCUACGCCGGGCCUGGCGAAUGCCUAUGGCAUACCCGCCAGUCCGGCCAACUAUAUUAAGCCCGGCAAGCGACCCAUGUCCUCCACCUGCCCCAGCAUUAUUCUCGACGAUGCCGGCAAUGUGGCGCUCGUGGUUGGCGGCGCCGGCGGCUCCAGAAUCACCACAUCUGUUGCACAGACCAUUCUACAUUAUUUUGUGCUACGCGAACCCAUCCAGGAGGCGGUCAACGGCGGCCGGCUGCAUCAUCAGCUGGCGCCCAUGGUGGUCGACUCGGAGCCAGAGGUGCCCAACCAUACGAUCAAUCAUCUGCUCAGCCUCGGUCACAAGGUCAACUUUUUGCCCAAAAACAAGGCAUACUCGGCCCUAACAGCCAUUGGCUACAUGGACACCGAACCGGAGCCCGUCUGCGAUCAUCGACGCAUCGGCAGCGCCGUUGUCGUUGAGCUCUUCAAUGACAAUUGA